AUGUUAUAUCUUAAGAUUGAUAGAAUUCAGUUCUCACUUGUACCACAAAUCAGGGACAUACCAAUUAUCGAACUUCUAGCAACAGUAGAAACCUACAACACCAGCAGGAACAAUAACGAGUGCAACAUCAUAAGAGCCAAGGUAACCAACGUUAUCACAAACCACCUACAACAAUCGAAAUCCACAGGAUUACCCUACAUUACUCGAUUGGAAAAUUCAACAAAACGCUUUCUUAGAGAACACCCAGACAUCAUAGUCACUCAAUCAGACAAGGGUGGAGUUACCGUACUGAUGGAGAAAGAAAAAUACAUAAACCUAGCAAACCAACAACUCGGAGACCAAGAGUACUACCAGCAAAUUUCUAAAGAUCCUACGAGUACAAUCGAACAAAAAUUAAACAAGAAAGUCAGCGAGUUGAAACAAAAGAACUACAUCACCCCUGAAGAAGCAAAAGAGUUGAUGACCUACGACGGCUUAUGCCCGAAAUAUUAUGGCUUAGUCAAAAUUCACAAACCUGAGCUAUCCCUGAGACCAAUUAUUUCAUCGAUUGGCAGCCCAACAACCAGGAUAUCACAAUUCCUGAAAGAUAUUCUCUAUAGAGCAUACAAUUUCAACAAUACAUACUACAUUAAGGACUCAUUCGACUUCACACAGUCUAUUAACAAUUUCAAAGUACCACCAGGUUAUAGGAUUGUAAGCCUAGACGUCGUAUCACUUUUCACCAAUAUUACUAUCGAAACAACAAAAAAGGCCAUCGAAUAUAACUGGCAAAGAAUAGAACAACAGUGUCAAAUUCCAAAGAAAGAAUUUAUGGAGCUGAUCGAGUUGGUGUUUAGUUCAAUAUAUUUUGCAUUUGAUGGAAAAUUCUACAGGCAGUGCAUAGGUACACUAAUGGGCUCAAAGUUAUCACAAAUAAUAGCUGACUAUGUCAUAGAUGAACUUCUAGAUGAGUGUAUACCCCAGUUGACGUUCAUAAUACCUUUUUGCAAAAAAUACGUCGACGACCUCAUCCUCAUGAUACCCGAAGGAAAACAAGAUGAGAUCCUUAACGUUUUCAACAGUUUCCAUCCAAAGAUUCAAUUUACCAUUGAAGAAGAAUCCAAUAACUGUGUUCCAUUCUUGGACACAAAAGUGAUCAGAGAAGAUGAAACAAUUAAAACUGAUUGGCACAGAAAGACAACAGCUUCAGGCAGAUAUAUACAUUACAUCUCAUACCACCCGAUGAAAAUGAAGAUUAACCUUAUCCUAAACCUGAAGACCAGGAUCACAACGAUCUCACACCCGACAUACCUUGACAAAAACCUGAAGACCUUAGCAGAGUUGAUGAAACAGAAUGGUUACCCCAGAUCCUUGGUAAGAAGAUUAGUCUUCAACACCCCCAACCAUCACAUGCAUGAACAACAAAUGGAAAAUACAAAUAACGAGCGACCACCAAGAGAACCACCAAGAGAAGAAAAUCAAAACAGAAAAAAGAUAAUAAUACUACCCCAUAUAGAAGGAUUAACACACAAGAUAACAAAGCUAUUGAGCGACGACAAUACCUUCAUAGCAAAAUACAAUGUGAAAACAUCUAAAUACCUGUACAGUAAACUCAAAGAUACAACACCCAAAGAGAGAAGACCCAACGUUGUCUACAAGAUACCGUGCAACAAUUGUAGCGGAGUAUACAUCGGAGAAACGAAGAGAACGAUGAAUAAAAGGAUCACAUCACACAAGAGUGAUUCUAGAAGGAACAUCCAAGCCUGCGCACUAGCUCAACACGAAAACACGACUGGACACCACAUGAAAUUUUCGGACUUAGAGAUCCUAGAUACAGAAACUAACAGUUGGAAGAGAAAAUUUAUAGAGAUGAUCAGGAUAACCCAAGAACCUAACGCAAUCAACCACAAAAAAGACAUUGAUAACCUCAGCGCAAUUUAUGCGAACCUAGUCGAGAUAGACAAAAUGUCUAGAAACAGAAACCCCAUACAGAUAGAUACAGAUACAGAUACGGAUAGAAGACCCUAG